ACGGCUUUCAUCCGUCCCAAAACCAAAGGCCCAAAAUCAAACACCUCUCCUCCGUCCCAAAACCAAAGGCUCAAAAUCAAACCCCUACAUCUCUGGAAAGCAGAAGCUGAUCCUCCCCAAUCUCUCUCUCUCUCUCUCUCAGAGCUUGUAACAACUGAAUUUCCCUUCUCUUUUCAAUGGCUACUUCAAUCUCGACCAUGGGUUUUCAAGGACUGUCUUGGGGAAGUUCCAUAGCUGGAGAAGAGCGUGGAAUGCUACACGCAAAGAUGGUAGCAACGACGAGGGUUGGAGUACCGAAGAAGCCGACGAGGAGUUGCCCGGUGAUGAAGAACGUGAACGAAGGGAAGGGGCUCUUCGCUCCCUUAGUCGUAAUCACGCGUGAUAUCAUCGGCAAGAAGCGCUUUAAUCAGCUCAGGGGCAAAGCUAUUGCCUUGCACUCCCAGGUGAUUACAGAAUUUUGCAAGUCAAUAGGCGCUGACGGAAAGCAACGGCAAGGAUUGAUCCGCUUGGCAAAGAAGAAUGGUGAAAGGCUUGGAUUUCUUGCUUGAUAAAAGAUGAUUUCUAGUUUUAAAUUUUCAAGUUCGCAGGAGAAAGAGUGUUUUCUUUUGUUAAGGAUAAGGAAUUGAUGUGAAGGGCCGGUUGUAUUUAUGUAUGGUAUAGUUUUUUUUUUAGCAGAAAUCAUACAUACAUUUGAUAUU